UCUACCCCAUCUUCUUCCUUCUCUCUCUCUCUCAUUCUCAUUCUCAUACGUUUCAAUUCCUUAACUUUUUUGCUUGUACCCAAAACUCUGGAAUCCAAUGAGAAAGCCUUGUUGUGAUAAGCAAGACACCAACAAGGGCGCUUGGUCUAAGCAAGAAGACCAGAAGCUCAUUGAUUACAUUCGUAAACAUGGGGAAGGUUGCUGGCGAACCCUCCCUCAAGCUGCAGGACUGCUUCGCUGUGGCAAAAGUUGUAGGCUGAGAUGGAUAAACUAUCUUAGGCCUGACCUUAAAAGAGGAAACUUUGCUGAAGAUGAAGAAGACCUUAUUAUCAAGCUUCAUGCGCUUCUCGGAAACAGGUGGUCUCUAAUAGCUGGAAGAUUGCCUGGACGUACCGACAAUGAAGUAAAGAAUUACUGGAAUUCACAUUUAAGAAGAAAGCUUAUGAACAUGGGAAUUGAUCCGAAUAACCAUCGUUUGAACCAAAAUCUUCCUCGUCUUCAAAACCCACAAGACUCUUCUAGUGCAACGUCCUCUGGUAUGAAAAGUGACACCACCAAACCCCACAAUGAUAAUAAUAAUAAUAAUAGUAAUGAGCAAGCAUCUGAUGCAGCUAGUUGUUUGGAGGAUGGCCCAAGUGCUUUGCCUGACCUAAACCUUGACCUCACAAUGAGCAUUCCUUCCUCUACAUCUGCCAAAAUCAGUCCUGAAGAGAAGCAAAAGAUUACUGAAUCUAAUUUAUCAAAGGAACCAGAAGUUGCUGCUGCUUCUCCUACGCUUCUCCUCUUUCAGUAAUUACCUGCUGCUCUUGUAAGGACCAUCCUAAUGAGGUGGAACUGAUAUAGAUAGAUAAUUGGGAUAUGUCGUCUCACUGUAAAUCUUUGAUUGUUUGGAAAAAUAUGGCAAUCCAUUAAUUUCCGGAAAGUGUGAACAAAGACGAGAAGCCUGGAAGCAACCCAGUCAAGGAAAGAUGACAACUGAGAGAGUUCUAUUACUUCAAACCUCUUUGUUGCUCUUACCUAGCGGUGGUAUCAUGAUCCUGUGCCUUCAAAUUAAAUGUUACCAAAAGCUCUGAUGGCAUAUUGAUCAUGCACAGUAUAUGGGCAUGAUUUCAAGAAGUUGAACUUUUCAAUUUUAACUUUCUUGUAUAUCAUCAUUUGCCAUUGUAGAAUAAGUAAUUAGGUGAUUAUUCUAGCAUAUAUGAUGUAUUAAUAAGAGAUAUAGCUCAGUUGUUGAAUAUGUGAAACUUUUUUUAA